GGCCUCUUUCUAUUUGGAGAUAAUUAUUGGAGUAUAUAUUAGAGGAUAAGAACAAGUAUUAGGCAACCAUCAUUUACACAGAGGAAAAAAGAAGGGCCACCAAAUGGAUCAACUCAAACCAAGUCAAGCAAACUCAUGCCCACUCACGCCUCUCACCUUCUUGGACAGAACCGCUACUAUCUACGGCGACGCCACCUCCGUCGUCUACAACGACACCUCCUACACCUGGUCCGCCACCCACCUCCGCUGUCUCCGCCUCGCCUCCUCCAUCGCCGCCCUCGGGGUUCAGAGAGGUCAGGUCGUCUCUGUUCUCGCACCCAAUAUCCCCGCAAUGUACGAGCUCAACUUCGCUGUCCCCAUGGCCGGAGCCGUCCUCAACUCCGUCAAUCUCCGCCUGGACGCACGGACGGUUUCCGUCCUCCUCCGCCACUGUGAGUCAAAGCUGGUCUUCGUUGACUGCCUCUCCGUUGCUCUCCUCCUCGAAGCUCUGUCCCUGUUUCCGGCGGAAUCGCCGCGCCCUCUGUUGGUCCUCAUCACGGACCCCGAGUUUCCGGCGAUUGGCCGCCGGGAAGAAUUUGUGGAUACUUAUGAGGGUAUGAUCGAAACAGGGGAUCCGGGAUUCAAUUGGGUUCGACCCCAGAGUGAAUGGGAUCCAAUCGUUCUAAAUUACACCUCCGGCACCACGUCGGCUCCGAAGGGGGUGGUUCAUUGUCACCGGGGAGCUUUCAUCAUGGCGGUUGACUCGCUGAACCAGUGGGAGGUGCCGAAAGAGCCGGUGUACCUCUGGACGCUGGCCAUGUUCCACGCCAACGGCUGGAGCUACACGUGGGGGAUGGCGGCCGUGGGUGCCACCAACGUCUGCCUACGGAAAUUCGAUGCCGCCACGAUUUACACCGCAAUCCGUAAGCACAACGUGACGCACAUGUGCGGCGCUCCGGUGGUGCUCAACAUGCUAUCCAAUUCACCUGAGAAAAACCCGUUGUCCCGUCCCGUUCACAUCAUGACCGCCGGAGCGCCACCUCCGGCGGCCGUGCUUUUGAGAACCGAGUCCCUCGGUUUCAUUGUCAGCCAUGGGUACGGGCUGACAGAAACCGGGGGCUUGGUUGUCUCUUGCACGUGGAAGAAGAAAUGGAACAACUUUCCAGGGGAAGAAAGAGCAAAGCUAAAAGCAAGACAAGGGGUGAGGACCAUCGGAAUGACCGAAGUAGAUGUAGUGGACCCGACCUCCGGCAAUAGCGUUAGGCGGGACGGGAAGACCCUCGGGGAAGUUGUGUUCCGAGGUGGCGCUAUCAUGCUCGGCUACCUCAAAGACCCCGAGGGUACCUCCAAAUGUUUGAAACGGGACGGGUGGUUCUACACGGGGGACGUCGGGGUGAUGCACUUCGAUGGGUAUUUGGAAAUCAAAGACCGAUCGAAGGACGUGAUCAUAAGUGGGGGCGAGAAUCUGAGCAGCGUGGAGGUGGAGUCGGUGUUGUAUUCGCACCCGACAGUGAACGAGGCAGCGGUGGUGGCUCGGCCCGAUGCGUUUUGGGGCGAGACGCCUUGUGCUUUUUUGAGCCUCAAAGCGGCGGUGAAGAAGAAGCCGACGGAGAGAGAAAUCAUCUCUUUCUGCAGAGAAAGGAUGCCACAUUACAUGGUCCCAAAAACGGUGGUGUUUCAGGAUGAUCUUCCUAAGACGUCUACGGGAAAGGUUCAAAAGUUUGUGCUGAGAGAGAUGGCUAAAGCCAUGGGGACAUCCAAAUCAAGAUUAUAAAUGAAUAGAGAGAGCCUGGGGGAAUUGCACCCAUAAUGAAUCCAACCUGGGGUUUACCAAUCACUGUGUUUUCCAAUAUAUCCAAAUAUCGUCUUGCAAGCCAUUUCACUACAUUCAUAUGGCUGUUUAAUUUGAAUAUUUGAUUUGAUUCAUUUGCACUAGUUUUCUCUAUCAAAUUUUCUUUUAAUCAACGCUGUAACUACUGUGUUGAUGACUUUAAUAUAUUUAACUGUUUCAUGAUAGCACCAUUUUAUAAUUCUAAUCAAAAUUAUAUAUC